AUGCUUGUUGAGAGGAUGACAAAGAAUCUGUCCACAGAGACAAUUUUCUCUCGCAAGUAUGGCCUUUUGGGCAAGCAAGAGGCUCAUGAGAAUGCAAAAAGGAUUGAAGAACUUUGCUUUGCCUCAGCUGAUGAGCAUUUCAAAAGGGAGCCAGAUGGUGAUGGGAGUUCUGCUGUCCAGCUAUAUGCAAAGGAAACGAGCAAGAUGAUGUUGGAAGUUCUGAAAAAAGGCCCAAGGACUACUGCAGAACUGGAGGCACCUGUAGCUGAUACACCUCCUGUGCCUGCUGAUGCACCUCUUGUGCCUGCUGAUACUGUACUGGAUAUAUCUGGCGGCAAGCGUGCUUUUAUUGAGGCAGAUGAAGCAAAGGAACUGCUGAGGCCAAUUCUUGAGGCAGUUAAGAAUCAGCUCACAGAGGUUGAUAUCUCAGAUUUUGUGGCAGGAAGGCCUGAGGAUGAAGCACUUGAUGUGAUGCGCAUAUUCUCCAAAGCAUUAGAGGGUUCUGUCCUGAGAUAUCUGAAUAUAUCUGACAAUGCUUUGGGUGAGAAGGGUGUCAGGGCAUUCAGUGAGCUCCUGAAAUCACAGGAAUCCCUGGAAGAACUCUAUGUGAUGAAUGAUGGCAUAUCAGAGGAAGCUGCAAAAGCUCUAUCUGAGCUUAUUCCUGCAACUGACAAGCUCAAGGUUCUUCAAUUCCACAACAAUAUGACUGGAGAUGAAGGUGCUAUGUAUAUCGCUGAGAUGGUUAAGUGUUCCCCAAAUGUAGAGAGUUUCAGGUGCUCAGCAACAAGGAUCGGAUCUGAUGGUGGAGUCGCAUUGUCUGAGGCAUUAGGGAGAUGCACUCGUCUGAAGAAACUUGAUAUCAGGGACAACUUGUUUGGUGUUGAUGCGGGGUUAGCUCUCAGCGAAACCCUUCCAAAGCUUCCUGAUCUUGUCGAGCUUUAUCUCAGUGAUCUCAAUCUUGAGAACGAGGGUACAAAAGCAAUUGCCAAUGCCCUCAAACAGUCAGCACCACAGUUGGAGGUCCUUGAAAUGGCAGGAAAUGAAAUCAGUGCCAGAGCAGCCCCAGAUUUGGCAGAAUGCCUAAUGGCAAUGCAGUCACUGAAGAAGCUGACCUUGGCUGAAAAUGAACUGAAGGAUGACGGUGCUGUGAUUAUUGCAAAAUCAUUGGAAGAUGGCCACACAGAUCUCAAGGAACUUGAUGUGAGCACGAACAUGCUGCAGAGGGUUGGAGCUCGGUGCUUUGCGCGGGCAGUCGCAAAUAAACCAGCUUUUGUGCAACUGAACAUCAAUGGAAAUUUCAUCUCCGAUGAAGGGAUUGAUGAGGUGAAGGAAAUUCUGAAGGCUGGUAAGAAAUCCCUGGAUGUUCUGGGCUCACUAGAUGAGAAUGAACCUGACGGGGAGCCUGAUGAUGAGGAAGAAGAAGAGGAUGCUGAGGACAAUGAGGACGAGCUGGAUUCGAAGCUUCAGAGUGUGAAGGUCGAGCAGGAUGAUUGA